AUGACACGAAGCUACGAAUACGCCCUAAGAAGGGAGGGGAGGUGGGAGGGAGGCGGAGGGGAAGAUAAGGUGGGGCAGUGGUGUCAUCUGAUUCGCCAAGGCUCGGCCAAUCUCCCGGGCUCUCCACCAGGCCUUCCGUUCCCAGGACCAGUCAACUCGAAAGGAGGUGGGAGGGAGCAGGUGAGGAAGAUAAGGUGGGCCAGCGGUGUCAUGUGCUUCGCCAAGGCCCGCCUCGUCUCGCAGGCUCUCUACCAAGCCUUUCGUUCCCAGGACCAGAUGAGGCAUGGGUGGGUGGGGGAAGUGGUGGUGUGGCUGGGGCAGAGCAGGUGGGGCAGAGCAGGUGGGGCAGAGCAGGUGGGGCAGAGCAGGUCGGGCAGAGCAGGUCGGGCAGAGCAGGUCGGGCAGAGCAGGUCGGGCAGCGCAGGUGGGGCAGAACAGGUGGGGCAGCGCAAGUGGGGCAGCGGAGUCAUCUGCUUUGCCAAGACUCGCCUUGUCUCCCUGGAUCUCCAGCAGGCCCUUUCUCCCAAAGACCAGGUGGCGAAGCAGUAUCUGGUGCUGGUGGUGGGGCUGCCUCCUUCGGACUCGUUUGUUGUGGCGAAGCAGUAUCUGGUGCUGGUGCUGGGGCUGCCUCCUUCGGACCCGUUUGUUGUCGAUGCUCCCCUUGCACGAGACCCUGACCAUGAGUUUGACUUCCUCUGUGUCUUUGAUUCUCCCUGCCCCUCCCAGGUGGCGAAGCAGUAUCUGGUGCUGGUGGUGGGGCUGCCUCGUUUGGAGUCGUUCACAGUCGAUGCCCCCAUUGCACGCGACCCUGACCACGAGUUUGCACGCAUGGUUGUGGGAGAGGAUAUUGUGGAAAUGAGGGGAGACGGAGUGGCUGACAAGCACAUGGAAAGGAAGGGAGAGGAGACAGGGAAGGAGGGGACGGAAGGAGGCAAGGAGGGAGUGGGAGAGAGUGUGGAAGAGAGCGGGGCGCAGAAAAAGGAAGAGUGUGGGAGCGGGACGCAGAAAAAGGAGAGCAAGAUACAGGAGGCAAGGACAGAGUUCAGUGUGCUCGCAAGAAGUGAAGCUUCGGGGUAUGAUGCUUGUGCACUGAGACCAUUUGCAUUUCCUUGCACCCCUCUGCAUUCCCUUGCACUCCUGUGCAUUGCCUUGCACCCGCUGCAUUGCUUUGCACCCCUCCACUGCAUUGCUCCACCGUCACCUUGCACUUGUGUUCAAGCGCACAAGGCCAAUCCCAGUUCUUGUCUCUCUCCCCCACGCCUCGCCUCCCUUCCCUCUCCCCUUCCCCCCUGCCGCCUCUUCAUUUACCCAUCAGGGUAUCCCUUUUACAAGCCGUCCCAGUAA